AAUGUGCGCAAUUUAUUUCCUCCUACAUAUGAUACGUUAGAAGAACGAUUGGCAACAUAUAGCAGCGAUUGGAAUACUUUGUUUGAUGUGUCGUCGGCUGCGUUGGCUGAAGCUGGUUUCUACUCGGUUGGGGUAAGUGAUUGUGUAAAGUGUUUUAAAUGUGAAUGUGUGUUGAGUAAUUGGCAAAUUUGGGAUGAGGCUUGGAGAGAGCAUGCAAAAUGGAGUCCAAUAUGUGAAUUUGUUAUGGCUGUGAAGGGUUUACAGUUUAUUGUUGAUACAGCAAGACAUGACCGUGAUGUAGCGGGAAAUUCAAAUGCAUUAGAAUACGAGAUUGGUAUUGUGUUAAUUCCAUGUGGCCAUCAAAUUUGUACUAAUUGUUCAUCACGUGCUCGUAUUAAAAAUUGUCCAAUAUGCCGCCAG